GUCCGCGGUCCCACUCUUCUUGUAGCCGAUGCCAUCCCGAUGCGCUGCCGCCCCGCCUUCAAGUCUUAAUAAAAAGGAAAACCUCCCCCAUGCUGCCCCGCUCAACAGGCCUCGCGAGAGCAGGACUUGCACCGGCGCGCACGGGCCUGCUGCUUAUGGUGGCGAAGCAGCCGGCGGUGUCGGCCUUUCCUGCUCUAACAGCGGGAGUGGCGACCGCCUCCGACGGCAGUGACGACCUCGAGCAGAAAAUCGCUGCCACUGUCGCUGCGCACCCGGUGGUGGUCUACUCCAAGUCGCGGUGUGGCUACUCAGCCCGCACGAAAUCUCUCUUCGACAGCCUCGGCGUCGAGUACCACGCCGUGGAACUGGACAAGGCUGCGGAUGGCGCCGCGAUGCAGACGGCUCUGGCGCGGCUGACCAAGCAGCGGACAGUCCCAAAUGUAUUCGUGCGAGGCAGCCACCUUGGCGGCAACGAUGCGACGCAGGCGGCCGCCCUCAGCGGCGAGCUCCAGAAGAUGCUCGGCUUGACCUCAUGAUAUGUGUCCUCACGGGGUCCAGCGAUAGAGCCGUAUGCGCGCCACACUUCUCGGACUUGCGCCACCCCCGACGGCACACGGACACGCCGAACCGUCUCGACACCAACCAUCCUGCACCUUUAGUGCGUACUAAUAUGUCUCAAAAACUAA